GCAUGAGAUAUUUUUUCACAUCAAAAGUAUCUUCGGCUUUGGGAGUUGCAAAAGGGCAAAAAAAGAGCCUUCUUGUCUUCGACCGCCCUCACGUCAAGACACCGCACCAUCACAUGCACCCCAUAACGUUACCGCGGCCAUAGCUAAGCAUAUCCCUUGGAAAUCUUCAGCCAGGCAUAUCCUUUGGAAUCCAUUCCAGUCUAUAUAAACCCUAACCGGAAACCCUUCCUUUUCACCACCACCGCUCUACCUUCUUCUUCUUCUUACUCAUCCAUUCCCCUCAAUAUGAACACCAACCUCGCAAUGCCGCAGCUUCUCUCCCUCCUCCUCGUCGCCGCCGCGCUCCUCGCCUCACCCUCCGCCGCCUUGGUCCAGGACUUCUGCGUCGCCGACCUGAAAUCCGCCGACACACCCGCCGGCUACCCGUGCAAGUCGGUCACCACGGUCACCGUAGAAGACUUCGCCUUCGCGGGCCUGGGCGUCCCCGGAAACACCACCAACAUCAUCAAGGCCGCGGUCACGCCCGCGUUCGUGGGCCAGUUCCCGGGCUUCAACGGGCUGGGCCUGUCCAUGGCCCGUCUGGACCUGGCCCUGGGCGGGGUCAUCCCGCUCCACACCCACCCGGCCGCAUCCGAGGUGCUGUUCGUGGCCCAAGGGACCAUCUGCGCGGGCUUCAUUUCGUCCGGAGCCAACAAGGUGUAUUUGAAGUCGCUCAACAGGGGUGAAAUCAUGGUUUUCCCCCAGGGGCUGCUCCACUUCCAGUUCAACUCAGGGAAGGGACCUGCGCUCGGGUUCGUGGCGUUCAGCAGCCACAACCCGGGGCUGCAGAUCACCGAUUUUGCGCUGUUCGCCAACGAUCUGCCGUCGGAGGUCGUCGAGAAGGUCACGUUCUUGGACGAUGCCCAGGUGAAGAAGCUCAAGGGGGUCCUCGGUGGCAGUGGCUAGCUGAACAUUAUUCGUUUUUUGUGCAAGCUGUGAAAUGAGCUAGUUGGGAAUAUUGGAGUAAUUGUGUGUCUUUUUUUUGUUGUUGUGAUUUCUUUGUGCCGGCUUUCUGAUUAUCUGUUUGUAUUCCUUCUGUUCCAUUCUGAAUUCUGAUGACAUUUGUUGUAGUUCUUGAAGAGCCAAUGUCUUUCUCUCUUUUUUCCACAAUAGUUAAAUUUUUCCUGUGAUAAAUAUAGUAGAUUUAUCCUGGUGGUCUCUUAGGUCAUCAUAAUUGGCAAAGAAGAGAUUUUGAAUAGAGAGAUUGGACAAAGUAGAGAGUUAUGUUAAAAAUUUAUUUAAAAAAAAAAAGUUGAAAGUAUCUAUAGGGAACUCUAAGUAAACCAUGACAAAGAAU